CCUCAGUGUGUUCAGGUGUUAGAAUAGGAUCCAAAGGGUUCCUGUAAGAUACAGGAGCAGAGUUGGAUGGACCGACCUGUAUGCUGGAGCCCACACAGGACACCACCAUGUUCAGCAGGUUGAAAAAGUGGCUUGGGGCUCCUGAGCCUCCAUCUGCUCAAGCUGUACAGGCUAACACAGCUCCUGCCAAGGAGAAACUGCCUGAAAAGAAGGAUGAUCAAGCAGACGAGAAAAAGGAGGAACUUGAGAAGAAAGAGGAAAAAAAGGAGGAUGAAAAGGAAAAAGACACAAUAAAGGAAGCAAAACGGCAGGAAGAAAACAGAAAAGAAGAACCUAAAACAGACUCUUCAGCUGCACCUUCUGCACCUGCUGCACCUGCGCCCGCUGCACCUGCGCCCGCCGCACCUGCGCCCGCCGCACCUGCGCCCGCUGCACCUGCGCCCGCCGCACCUGCGCCCGCUGCACCUGCGCCUGCUGCACCAACUGAUGCUGCCAAUCCAGAGGGUGGUGAAGGUGGGGAGGAACCUCCACCCCCACCUGUUGUCUAUUUCCGCUACACAGAUGACGUCCUCAGAGGUGUGAUCAAAGCGUUAAGAGAACGAAAGGAGAUCCUCAAAGAGAAAGUGAUAGAUCCUUAUGCUACAUCUCCAGAAAUCACCCCACCUGUCACUCCUGUUCUUAAAAAAGAGGACUACAUCCGAAUUCAGGAAGAGCGGCGGAUAGCAAAAGAAGAGGACGACAGAAGGAAAGCAGAGGAGGCAGCUAAAAAGGCAGAGGAGAAGAAGAAGAAAGAUGAGGAGAAACGGUUGGAGGCUGAGAAGAAAGCAGAGGAGGAGAGGCUGGCAGAGGAAGCCCGAAAGAAGGCCCAAAUCCUUCCAGACAUCAGCUGCUCCUGCUUUGACGUCCUCUUCCAUCCCGUGGAGAGUAUGAUGGAUUCCGUCUUAGGAACCACCAUUGAUCCGUUCACAGAUCGUCGCUACAUCUCCUGGUUGACUCUGGUGGCCUUAGCCUACAACUACAACGUUUGGUUCUGUACCGCCCGGCUGGCUUUUCCCUACCACAACGAAACUGCCAACAAGUACUGGAUAACCUGUGACAUCAUUUCUGACAUCGUGAAUGUCAUUGACAUCAUCGUUUGGCAGCCUCGACUCCAGUUUGUCAAAGCUGGAGACAUCAUUAAAGACAGAGCUUUGACUAAAGUGCAUUAUCGGAAAUCCUACCGAUUUAAGACUGACAUAAUCAGCAUCCUUCCACUAGAUCUCCUCAGUCUGCAGUUUAGCUUCUCCUCCAUAUACAGACUCAACCGCUUCAUCAGGAUUGAUUCCUUCUUUGAGUUCAGUGAUCGGCUAGAGAGCAUCAUGGCCAAAGCGUACAUUUGGAGAGUGGCCCGCACCACAGGAUACCUGCUCUACGUGCUCCAUCUCAAUGCCUGUGCGUUCUAUGUUGCCUCCGUGCAUCAGGGUCUUGCAACCACCACGUGGGUCUAUGAUGGAAACGGUACAGCAUACCUGCGCUGUUACUACUUCGCAGUUCGCAGUCUCAUAAAUAUCGGAGGCCUUCCAGAACCUGUGACCGUUUUCGAGAUCAUCUUCCAGAUGGCCAACUUUUUUAUCGGCGUCUUCGUCUUCUCUAGUUUAAUCGGGCAGAUGAGAGAUGUGAUAGGAGCAGCCACAGCUGGUCAGACGUACUUCAGAGCGUCGAUGGACGGUUGUGUCGCCUAUAUGAACACUUACACGAUCCCCAAGUUGGUCCAGAACAGGAUCAGGACCUGGUACAACUAUACCUGGGCUGCUCAGGGUAUGCUAGAUGAGUCUGAGCUGCUGGACAAGAUGCCUCUGGUGAUGAAAACCGCCAUCGCCGUGGACAUUAACAUGGCCACCUUCCAGAAGAUCGCACUGUUUCAGGGCUGUGACCAGCAGAUGUUGGUGGACAUGUUACUACGACUCAAGUCCAUCAUCUAUCUACCUGGAGACUUUGUUGUGAAGAAGGGCGACAUCGGUAAAGAGAUGUACAUCAUCAAAAGUGGAGCGGUGCAGGUGGUGGGAGGACCUGACAACAGCAUUGUGUUUGUCACACUGAAAGCUGGAUGUGUUUUUGGAGAAAUCAGUUUGCUCCAGUCGGCUAAAGAUGGAGGAAACAGGCGCACAGCCAACGUGAAAGCACACGGCUUCGCCAACCUCUUCGUUCUGGAGAAGAAAGACCUGUUUGACAUUCUCGUCCAUUACCCAGAGUCUCAGAAAGUUCUGGCCAGGAAGGGAAGACAACUGAUGAAAUCCAAAGCUCCAGCAGGACCUAAAACCAAAGAGGAGAAGCAGAAAGGGCUGGCGCUGUUUGGACAAAAGCCACCGACGCCGAAACUGCUCAAAGCCUUCGGCAACUUCCGCAAAGGAGGGAUCCUGGAUAAACUUAAGAAAAAUGCAGAGGAGCAGCAAUAGGAAGCCGACCAAACUGUUAGUGUCAUUGUGCAGCUUGUAUGUCAUCCAUCUGUAAAUACAGCUGAUUAAAAUUGUUAUAAAAUUAA